ACUCCGAGGAUAUCCGGUGCUGAGGGAAAUCGAAACUGUGUCUUAGUUAAAUAUCAAGCAUCUUUCAAUCGCGCAGAUAUGGCUGAUGAGGAUUGGGAUACUCCAUCAGCCCCACAAGCGACUGGUGGCUUUGGAGGAGGUUUUGGCAGAGGUGUGUUGAGAACAGAUGCCGGUGGAUCGGGAGACUCUGGAAGCAAACCCGGCUUUGGGUCCAAAACUAACGGCUUUGGAGGUGGUGGAGCAGCCACAAAUGGCUUCGGUGGCGGUGGACGGGGUGGAAGUGGGUUUGGAGGGGGAAGAGGUGGUGGGGGUGGUUUUGGGAGUGGAAAUACAGAUGAUGGUGACAGUGGUGCCCCUAAAAGAGGAGGCUUUGGUGGGGGUGGGUUUGGGAGUAGAGGUGGGGGCAGGGGAGGGUUUGGUGGUGGGGCCGGUGGCUUUGGUAGCAGUGGUGGUGAUGAAAAUGGCGAUAGUGGUGCCCCAAAAAGAGGUGGCUUCGGAGGAGGUGGAGGUCGAGGAGGAUUUGGUGGUGGUGGUGGUGGCUUUGGCAGCAGCGGUGGAGACCGACCUCCCAGGGGUGGCGGUUUUGGAAGCAGCAGCAGUGGCGAGAAAAAGCCAGGUGACGGGUGUUUCAAAUGUGGAGAAAGUGGCCAUUUCUCCAGAGAAUGCCCCAAUGCAGAAAAAAAGUCUGGUGGUGACGGGUGUUUCAAAUGUGGAGAAAGUGGCCAUUUUUCCAGAGAAUGUCCAAAUGAUGUUGAACGUGCUACGUUUUCAGCGGGCAGUGGAGGAGGAGGAGGUGGCGGCGGAGACAGGAACUGCUUCAAGUGUGGCGAGUCUGGUCAUUUUGCCCGAGAGUGUCCAAAGGCAGGUGAAGGUGGCGGAGGUAUCACUCUUGACCCUGAGCGACCUCCCCCAUACGUUCCCCCAACACCCCCAGAGGAUGAGGAGGAAAUAUUCAAAUCCAUAAUGGCUGGGAUCAACUUUGAUAACUUUGAUAAGAUUCCUGUAGAAGUGACCGGCAGAGAUGCUCCUCCGUGUAUUGGGAGCUUCGAUGAAGCCGGUCUCUACAAUGCAUUCUUAGAAAAUGUGAAGAAAGCAAAGUAUUCGAAACCAACACCUGUACAGAAACAUGCCAUCCCCAUUAUUAUGGCAGGCCGAGAUUUGAUGGCCUGUGCCCAGACUGGCUCAGGCAAAACGGCUGCUUUCUUGUUGCCAACGCUCACUGGUAUGAUGAAGAAUGGACUUGAGGGAAGCCAGUUCUCUGCCGUUCAAGAACCCCAGGCGCUCGUGGUUGCUCCGACCCGUGAGUUGGCUGUUCAGAUCUACAUGGACGCCCGCAAGUUUGCACAUGGCACAAUGCUGCGCCCAGUAGUCCUGUACGGAGGAACAUCUGUGGGCCACCAGCUCCGACAGGUUCAACAGGGCUGUCACAUCCUGGUGGGCACACCUGGCAGGCUUCUAGAUGUAUUCAGCAAGGGGAAGGUUAGCCUUGAGAAGCUGAAGUACCUCAUUUUGGAUGAGGCUGACCGCAUGUUGGACAUGGGCUUUGGGCCCGACAUAAGACGUAUCAUCGAGGAGUUCCGAACGCCAGACAAGACCCAGAGGCAGACCCUUAUGUUCAGUGCAACAUUCCCACAAGAAAUCCAGCGACUAGCAGCCGAAUACCUGAACGAUUACCUGUUCUUGACAAUUGGAAAUGUCGGUGGGGCAAACACAGAUGUCUCUCAACAUGUGUAUGAAGUGGACAGAUUAGGGAAGAGAGAAAAAUUGGUAGAGAUUCUCACUGAUGCUGGAAAGGACAAAGUGCUUGUGUUUGUUGAGCAGAAGAGAAACGCCGACUUCCUGGCUUCGUAUCUGUCCCAGACUGGCUUCCCCACAACCAGUAUACACGGAGACCGAUUGCAAAUGGAGCGAGAGGAAGCACUGCUUGACUUUAAGACAGGAAAGUGCUCAAUCCUCAUUGCCACGUCAGUAGCAGCUCGGGGACUUGAUAUUCCAAUGGUGAAACAAGUCAUCAACUAUGACCUGCCAUCUGCAAUAGAAGAAUACGUCCAUAGGAUUGGUAGAACUGGGCGCUGUGGUAACCUUGGUUCAGCCACGUCAUUCUACAACAACGAGUCAGACUCUGGUAUGGCCAAGGCUUUGGUCAAAAUAUUUGCACAGGCUGGUCAGGUGGUGCCAGAAUGGCUGGAGAACUAUGCUAAGGGCGCCAUCAGUACGGCCGGCUACGUACCUAUGGGUGGCAAGUUUGGAGGCAAAGACAUCCGUAGGGAUGUCCCAAGGACCCGCCACGAAGGUGAAGCACAGUCAACUGGAGGCAGUUUCGGGGGUGGAUUUAACACAGGAAUGGGCGGCGGUGGUAGCUCUGCCUUUGGUGGUGCAGAAGAAGAGGAAAGCUGGGAUUAAUGCAAGAAUUUCCCAGGAUACAAUGGAGGUUCACAGAUGUCUAAGCAAACCUUCCAGAGGCGCAUUGUGACUGUAUGAACAUUUUUUGUUAAAGGAGCCCUUAGUUGGUGAGAAUGAGAAGAUAGCUUGUUGGAUAGGGUUACUUGAGAUGAAAUUUGUUGAUGACUAGCGCCAUACUAGGGAUUGAAGCCCUUAGAUCUGUAAAUAUGUUCUUGUUUUGAUGUUGUUAUUGUUAACUGGUCACUUUUGACCACCCGUUUAUGUUUGCAAUCUUUUGAAUAGAUAGUGCUAAUUAUGUUAAUGAAACUACUGCAAGGACACCCAAGGAUCAUUUGCGUGUAAACUGUUGCCAUAAAGCUCUAAAAAAGUGAUGAUUAAUCUGUGCCUGAACAGUGAAUUGUGUGAACAAAAAUGUUGCUAAGCAUAAUAAAAAUAUUUGUUUGAGUGCCAAGUGUGUUCCCCUUCAAGAACAAGUGAAGUGCAUUUUGUUAAUGAGAUCAAUGCAAAAGACAGAACUUACAAAAACCCCAGAGGUUAUGGCUUCUUUCAGAGAGCUACAGGAAAUGUUGGACUUGUGUUUCAUUCUUCAGAUUAAGUAGUGUAAAAGGGCAACUUGCAGUGAGCAGUGAAACAAUUAAAAUGAUCAGAGUGUAAUACCAAGGAAGAAAGAGACUUCAACAAAAAUGUAAAUGAAAACUUAGGUGUUGGUAGCCAAGAUGGUCUUGGACACAAAUCCUACAGCAGUAAUCAGUAAAUACUGGGCUAUUGAAAUCACACGAAUAGGAUUUGAUGUAGGUUCAAGGCUGUCCAAAUGUUUAUGCAUAUCUGUCAGGGUGGGGAGGACGGCAUACUGUGUAGCAUUGGAAAUAUACUUCUGGAACAUUAAGUUUCUGGAAAUUGGGAAACGGGUACUAAAAGUAAAAAGAUAAAUACUCAAAAUUAUAGGUUUGUUGUUAGUUGAAGCUUGCCAAAAGGGACCAAUGGGUAAUUUUGUUGUGUUUUCUUCUCAUCAUUUCAUACAAAAAAUAAUCACUGAUAUUUGAUUAUUAGUCAAAAUUGAUCUCAUCCAUUCUAGCAGUAUUACUUCAGUAAUUGUACAUGUAAAUCUGAUGUGUUUAGCAGUUGGAAUCAAAGGUUCUUCAUAACAUAAGUAUGGUAAUGAUGAAGCAGGAUUUAUGUUGAUAAACACAUUUUUCUUUCCUGGCUUGUGAAAAAAACAAUUUGGGAUUUAUGACACUUCUCUUUGUGGAACACCAGAUUUCAAGGGCAAAAUACCUGGCCGUUUUUUAUGCAGUUUUUUUGUUGCCAAAACGUCCAUGGAACGGGUCAAAUGUGGCAUAAAUUAUGGAAGAGAAUAUUCCAGUAGUGGUUGAGCUGACGUGCAGGGUUUAGCUAUCCAUGUUGACAAGUGUAGGAAAAAUUGGUAAAACUAAAGGAAUUGAAUAUCUCAAGAUGAUCGAUUCUUAAAUUAGCUUUGCUGAUUUUUGUUUUGUUUGAGACAUAAUGGGCAAUGGAUGUCCACCUCUAGCUAGAUAGAUGUAUGUUGUGUUAGCAUGGUAGGGUUAAGCAUCUGUGAUCAGUUUUACCACUAGUCUUUCAUCCUCAUCUAUAUCUGUGAUAAUGGACCACCAAAAGCUGUUCAGGAUUGUGCCAAAGAUUAUCCAGGGAUAGUACUUGUGUUUGUUUUAUCAUUUCUUGUGAUGUUUUUUUUACUUUGCACUUAGUUUGUUUAUGAUUUUUUUUAACAAAUUUUAUAUUUAAAUCUCGUCACAAAAUGGUAAAACAGACUGGAGUACUGAAAACUGCCAUCUCCUAUUGUUUUCUGUUGUUUUAUAUAUGAAUACGUUUUUAUUUUGUGGAUUGUUUUACACUUAUGAUACCCAAACAGGUAUUUUGAUGAUU